AUGGAUUUCAUCAAGACCACUUCCCUGCGUGCUCUGAGUGAGUUAACUUUCCAACGCAAGUGGAUUGGCAUCAUUUGGAUGAGUAGAAAAGGAAUUAUGAUCAAAAUAGCAAAGACUGGUCCAGCAGCUCUAUCGAGAAGCCGCGGCCGAACCAAGCGGAACGGCCGGCCGAGCAAUAUCCGUCCCGCGGUCGGCCAACAUCCGAACGCUCAUCCGUCUCGCCUGAACAAAGUCCGAGCUCACGUACCGAUCCGGGAAGCAUCGUCCCGCGGUCGGCCAAACCAAAACCACGCAGCCGAAGCCGCGCACGACCGUACCGCACAAACCGGGAAGCAUCGCCUCGCGGCCGUGCGGCACAACUCAUGUACCGCGGCCGAUCGCGCCGUCCGACCAGGAAGGCCUCGUCCCACGUCCGGCCGAAUCCUUCGACCAAAAUCAUCCGUCCGGCCGAGCCCGACGAACAACGCGAAAACUCUCGGCCACGAUCGACCGACCGUGCCGAUAGCCGACCACGACAGCCGGCCGAAAGUCCCGACCGACCGUCCGAACGGCCCGGUCGACCGAAGCCGUUUUUGA